AGCCCUUCAAAUUUGAAGAGUUCCGACCCACGCGUUUCACUCCCUCGUCUGCCACAGCCACACAACCUGUAACGCUCGAGCUUUGCAUCUUCUUCCAACCAUGGCGGCGGCUACCUCUGCGGCCACGGCCAUCCCAAAACCCUCCGCUCCUCCUUCUUUCUCAUCCAGAUCGCCUAUUGGCAUUUCUAGAUUCAACCCCUCAUUUUUUCUGAAUCUCCAAAAGUCCAUACCUCAACGCUCUCUCUACAUUUCCAACUCUAUAUCUAAACCUACUACCCCUGCUCCUUCUAGCACUUCCAUACCUGAAGCUUCUCCUCCUAGAUUUGCCACUGAUGAACCUCGAAAAGGAGCUGACAUCCUCGUCGAAGCGCUCGAGCGCCAAGGGGUUACUGACGUGUUCGCUUAUCCUGGCGGCGCAUCCAUGGAGAUCCACCAAGCCCUAACUCGCUCUCCAAUAAUACGUAAUGUCCUUCCUCGCCAUGAGCAAGGUGGAGUCUUCGCUGCUGAGGGAUACGCGCGCGCUUCGGGCAAGCCUGGUGUCUGCAUCGCCACCUCUGGACCUGGCGCCACCAAUCUCGUUAGCGGCUUAGCUGAUGCUCUCCUCGAUAGUGUCCCCAUUGUGGCUAUCACUGGCCAAGUCCCUCGCCGCAUGAUUGGUACUGAUGCAUUUCAGGAGACUCCUAUUGUCGAGGUAACUCGGUCGAUAACUAAGCACAAUUACCUGGUUCUUGAUGUUGAUGAUAUUCCUAGAAUUGUAAGUGAAGCUUUCUUUUUAGCCACCUCUGGACGUCCUGGCCCAGUACUGAUUGAUGUACCAAAAGAUAUACAGCAACAAUUAGCUGUUCCCAAUUGGAAUUCUCCUAUUAAAUUGUCAGGUUAUAUGUCAAGGUUGCCUAAAGAGCCUAGUGAAUCACAUUUAGAGCAGAUUGUGAGGUUAAUCUUCGAGUCAAAGAAACCAGUGUUAUAUGUAGGAGGAGGGUGUUUGAAUUCAAGUGAGGAAUUGAGGAAGUUUGUAGAGUUAACAGGAAUUCCAGUGGCGAGUACUUUAAUGGGACUUGGGGCAUUCCCUGUUGCCCAUGAUUUAUCAUUGCAAAUGCUUGGAAUGCAUGGAACCGUUUAUGCAAAUUAUUCAAUUGAUAAUAGUGAUUUAUUGCUUGCGUUUGGUGUGAGGUUUGAUGAUCGUGUGACAGGGAAGCUCGAGGCAUUUGCAAGCAGAGCCAAGAUUGUCCAUAUCGAUAUUGAUUCUGCUGAGAUUGGGAAGAAUAAGCAGCCUCAUGUGUCUGUUUGUACGGAUGUGAAAUUGGCCUUACAAGGUAUGAACAAAAUUUUGGAGAGCAAAAGUGCUAAGAGUAAGCUAGAUUUUCAUGCAUGGAGAGAGGAGCUGAAUGAGCAAAAAGCUAAAUAUCCAUUGAGUUUUAAGACCUUUGGAGAUGCAAUUCCUCCCCAGUAUGCAAUUCAAGUUCUUGAUGAAUUGACUGAUGGGAAUGCCAUUAUAAGUACUGGGGUUGGGCAGCAUCAGAUGUGGUCUGCUCAGUUUUACAAGUACAAGAGACCACGGCAAUGGUUGACAUCAGGGGGUUUAGGUGCUAUGGGUUUUGGAUUACCAGCUGCUAUUGGGGCUGCUGUUGCUAAUCCUGGUGCAGUUGUUGUAGAUAUUGAUGGUGAUGGAAGUUUUAUCAUGAAUGUUCAGGAGUUGGCAACUGUUCGCGUGGAGAAUCUACCAAUCAAAAUAAUGCUUCUGAACAAUCAGCAUUUGGGAAUGGUGGUGCAAUGGGAGGAUCGGUUCUACAAGGCAAAUAGAGCUCAUACUUAUUUAGGGGAUCCAUCAAGAGAGACUGAGAUUUUCCCCAAUAUGUUGAAGUUUGCUGAAGCUUGUGGAAUACCUGCUGCCCGUGUGACAAGGAAAAAGGAUCUUAGAGAAGCAAUCAAAACAAUGUUAGAUACUCCGGGACCAUAUUUGUUGGAUGUGAUUGUGCCCCAUCAAGAGCAUGUUUUGCCCAUGAUCCCAAGUGGUGGAGCUUUUAAAGAUGUGAUAACAGAAGGUGAUGGAAGAACAAAGUACUAAUCUUCCUUAGCAGCAAAUAUGUUUAUGUAUUUUAUGUGGAAUUUCAUGCUUAUGUUAGGGUGUGGCAAGUUUUUUUCAGUUCACUGUUUAGUUUCAGUGAUAUUCUGAUGGUACUUGUUUAGACUAAAACUUGCCUGUUUGCUAAGUUGUUAAUUUGCUAUAUGAUCAAGUAGGUUGUUUUUGCAUUCUGAUGUUGUUAGAACCUUGCAAUGGCCUGUCUACGUAAUAAAAACUAUGUAAUCAAUUAUUGGUACUUUUUCUAGCUCAGGAUUUCCUGAAUUAAUGCCAUAUCCCGUGUUAUCUUGAAA